AUCCACACUCGCAUGACGUAUACACCUCGGAAGAGAGAGAGAGAGAGAGAGAGAGAGAGAGAGAGAGGGAGGGAGAAGUAUAGAGCAAGCGGUCGGUGUCUAGUCUGCUGCUCUCAGCCGUGCGUGAAUCAAAGUUCAUCGAAACCGCGAGGUGCGAUUGCGUUAUACCGAUCAUCUCAGCUCUCGUGCUGACUUGGCAAAAUUGCCAUCAUAUUACACGUUCUCAGCGUAUUCCGAGUCAGACGAUUCAACUUCAGUCUUCGUCGGCCUAAUAAUACUCACCAAAUCUGCUCCGAUAAGCAUCCUGGUGCCUCAAACCACAGACAUAUCUCUCAGAAUAGCUGAUCAGUAUCGGUUAAACGAGUGGGACCGUUCAAGCUCCUCCUAUAUAUCGGAACGUCCUCGUUCAGUGUAAGUAUAUCAGCUCCACAGUAGAGAGCCGCCACGCUGCGACUCACAGUCGGGACCAAACCAUCAGCCGAAUCCCACGAGAUAAUAUACAAAGAGAGAGAGAGAGAGAGAGAGAGAGAGAGAGAGAGAGAGAGACUACGUGAGCGAGUGCGUUUUCCCAAAUGGCUGCAGCCAACUCCGAUUUUGAAUUUCGGCGCGCGACUUCUAAAUUGUUUUGAACUUUGAGCUAUUGAUCGAUUGAUAUGAGAUUGUGAUCUGCUGAUAGUAUACACAUAUUCGUAUAAUAUUGAAGUGUACUGAAAUUAUUAUGUAAGUGCCGCGAGUUUUCUCUCUCGCAUCAUGCACAGUGCAUGCUCGUGAGUGUCGGGGAAAAAUAUCUCGGCUCCAGUGUCCUCAACAAUGAAAGUUAAUGCGCGUAGUUCUUGAUAGCUAUUGCUUCGGGCGCGAGCUAUACAUUAGAUACACUUGCGAAAUGUGACACCGGCAUGAGCAGAAACUCUGUAUAAGAAUCGUUCCAUUUCUGUGCCAUAUUCGGAUCUGUCGUCGUUGGCAUCUCAUCGUUUCCAACGAUGGAGAUGAGGAUCGUUCACGUGUCCAUCUGCGAACGCGUCAAGCUCUACUUUUUAGCAGUCGUUUACGGCUGGUACAUGGUGCUUAGGCGCCUUGUCAAAUGGGCCUGGAAUCCAAAGACUUUCUUCAUGCUGCAACAGAGAGACAAACCGCCACCUUGCCUGGUUGACAAUAGCUUUGGCAAACACUCUUACGUCAAGCUCAAGGGCAUAAAAUUUCACUACGUGGAAGCAGGAGAUAGAACAAAAUCGCUAUUACUACUUUUACAUGGCUUUCCAGACUGUUGGUUAUCGUGGAGAGAACAAAUCCCUGUUCUCUCUGCACAUUAUAGAGUCGUAGCAUUAGACUUAAAAGGAUUUGGCGAUAGCGACAAGCCUUUGAAUAAGAGCUCGUAUAGAAUUGAGAUUUUAAUUGAUGAAUUAAAACGAUUUAUUUUCGCACUAGGUGCAAAAAAUUGUAGCAUAAUAGGGCAUGAUCUUGGUGGUCUUUUAGGUUGGUACAUGGCUGCAAUACACGAUGACAUAGUUUGUAAAUUUAUUGCUAUUUCUAGUCCACAUCCUAAUAUUUACUGGGAUGGAAUGUCUAAUGAAUCCUUUUUCAGUACCAGGUGGAUGCAUUUCAGUAGAUUACCGUUUUUACCUGAAAUCGACGUUUUAAAAGAAGAUCUAUCAGUUAUCAAUGACACAUUUAAGCAUAUCCACAUGAGUGAAGGGGAAAAUAAAAAUGAUUAUGUCGAGGCUUAUAAAUACACUUUCAGUAGAAAAGAGGAUUGGACUGGACCAAUUAAUUACUAUAGAACUCUGCCCUAUGUACGACUAAUCACAGAUGGUAAUCAGCAUAUUACGACAAGUACUCUCUUAAUAGUUGGAAAUUCCGACCCAUCUGUGUCAUUAGAAAACAUUGUACAAAGUACAGAAUACUUGGAAAAAUUCAAUGUCAAAAUUGUAACUGGAGCAGGACACUUUCCGCAUCAAGAAAAGCCUGAAUUCGUAAAUGAAUCGAUUAUUAAAUUCCUUAUUGGUAAUCCAGUCGUGGAAAAAACAUCAAACAAAAAUCUUGUAUCUUCAUUGAUUGGAUCUAUAAGUACCACUGUGAAGUAUGGAAACCAAAUGUUCGAUGCAGUGCACAAAAGAACUAAUGGAGUUGUGAAUGGUUUGCCAAGUAAAGUGUUAUAUUUAGGACAAACGAGUACAUAGAGAUUUUGUAAUUUUCCAUGAUAAGUUUUUUUUUAAAUGCAGAACGAUAUUUUUUUACUUGUGAUAACAAUACUUGUGUUAAUGUAACAAAAAAACUCAAUGACCAAUAAGUUUUAUGAUAAAGCUAAAGGUUUAAUGAAAAAAUUUUACAAAUCACAAAGAAUAAAUCGAAGAGGAGCCGAAUGAACGUUUGAAAAAUAUACGUUGACAGCGUGCAAGUGAAAUCCAGUUUUAUACACAAAACUUACGUAAUAUUAUAGUUAUGUGUGCAAUGUAUCUUUCUUUCGUGUUUUUAUUUAUUUAGAGAGUUAAAUGUUGUAUCGAUAAUUAUUUGUGAUUUUUUAAAUUAAUACAUGUACAAAGACUGUCUGAUAAAUGCGUGUAUUUUAUAUUCGAUUAUAAUAGAACUUAAUAUAGUAUAGUUGUGUAUUCUUGUAUAUUUUUAAAUAAAAAUAUAU